GAAUCAUUUCAUUACAGGUUUUCCAAAACAGAUUUGAUGGGACAGUUGAUUUUUACAGGACUUUUGUUGACUAUGAAAAUGGAUUUGGAGAUAUAAAUGGCGAGUUCUGGUUAGGGCUAAAAUCUCUUCAUGAAAUGGUAGCCCAGGGACCAUCAGAACUUCGAAUUGACGUUUCGUCUGUUUCCGGAGACGAAGGCUACACAACCUUCCAGGACUUUUCAAUAUCAGCUGGUCCUAGUUACACAUUGCAGAUUUCGUUAGGAGUUGGAACUAUAGCUGACAGUACAGCUGAUGGGCUGUCAUUUAACAAUAAUGCAAAAUUUAGUACCCAUGACAAGGACCAGGAUUCAUCUAGUGGGAACUGUGCAUCGUAUAAUGAAGGCGCUUGGUGGUUUAGUGUAUGCAUGUACGUACACCUGAACGGGCAGUAUUGUAUACCUGGAACAACAACAUGUGGCUAUCACGGGAUGAUAUAUUACAAAUUUAAGGUUCUCGAGUCUUUACUUACAUCUCGUAUGAUGUUUAGAAGAGUGUGAAAACAUUUCUAAAUUGUCAGAAAAAAAAAUCUCACAAAACAGGCGGAUACACAAAUAUACCCAUUAAUGUUUAUUCUCAUUAUAAACGAUUUUGACGACGUGCGUGCGCAACUCGUCUCUAACUAUAUUAGAACCCAACGUGACAUUAUUGAAAAUAUUGAGAUAUACAUACCUUCGAAUUCGUAUAAGACAAGACUACCUAUUGGUAUCCUUGAAAUAAGCAUGUAAGCCCCGUUAAAAAAUAAUGUUCAGUCACAUCAUGCGCUGUCUUCAUUUUUUGCCGACAUGGUAAACCAAAACUGUACAUGUAUAUUGUAACUUUUUUUAUUUCAUCAUAUACUGAGCUAUCUCACUUUGUUAUAUCACAUAGUGAGCAAAUUCUUGUUUUUUAUUCAAACACUAUAGUAGGUUAUAGUAAGUUAUGUCCGAACACUUGGUAAAUAGCGCACUACAGUAGUAAAAAAGACUUUUUCCUCACCUUUAAGCUAUCCCCACUCCCAAAAAACAAAAAUGCGAACAAUCUACUUGAACUAUGAAAUCAUGA